UGCACAGUUGAAUCAAAAUUACAAAACGAGCCAUUGGUCAGCCGUCAGAUCAACCGGCAUUGGUUUUAUCUUCUUCCAAACCCUCACACUUUCAGUCCAACUCUUCUGCAAUGGCCAGUGAACCGAGCAAGCCGGAGGUCCUGGCCACUGUCUAUUACUCAGUGAUGGUUCUGGUCUUCGUGCUCUUCGCUUGCGUUGAGCUCGGCGAUGCCGUCACCGCCGUCGACGUCUACCGCCUCGUCCAGUAUGAUCUGUCCGGCGUCCCAUAUGGAUCUCGGCUCGCCUCUCUCAAUCAUCACGCCAGCUCAUCUUUAUUGUCAUCUGCCUCCGGGCCCGGUUCCAUUGCUGAUCUCUCGCGGUCUGUUAUCAUGCUUCCACUUCGUGAAUUGAAUCUCACUCUCAUCAAAGAAUAUAUUGGACAGAAAAAGUUGUUGGGGGGUUUACUUUUAUUACUCCCACCAAAAUUUAGUCCAGAUAACCUUCACGCUGCUGGCGAAGCUGAUGCCUAUUCUGAUAUAGACCGCACAAGGAGCAUAUUGAAUGAGUUGGAACAGUUGCUCAUUCAUGUAAACAUCCCGUAUCCUGUUUAUUUUGCUUUUGAGGAUGAUAGUAUCGGUCCUGUUUUGGCUGAUAUCAAGAGAAGUGACGCUAUUGGUCAGCCUGCAACAGCCACAACAGGCGGAUUCAAGCUUGUCGUUUCUGCUCGAGAACCAAAGAAAAUUGCAUCUCCCACCAUUUCAAAUAUCCAGGGAUGGUUACCGGGCUUGAAAAGUGACGGUGAAAGCCAACUCCCAACUAUUGCCAUAGUUGCAUCAUAUGAUACUUUUGGUGCUGCACCGGCAUUGUCUGUAGGGGGUGAUAGCAACGGAAGUGGUGUUGUGGCACUUCUUGAAUUAGCUAGGCUGUUUUCCAUUCUUUAUUCAAAUCCAAAUACAAGAGGCAGGUAUAAUAUACUUUUUGGAUUGACAUCUGGUGGGCCUUAUAACUACAACGGAACAUAUAAGUGGCUUCGAAGUUUUGACCAACGUCUACGUGAGAGUAUAGAUUAUGCUAUUUGCUUGAAUAGCAUUGGUUCAUCCAACAAUGAGUUAUGGAUGCAUGUUUCUAAACCUCCCGAAAAUGCAUACAUAAAGCAAAUCUUUCAGGACUUUUCUAAUGUUGCUGAAGAAAUAGGGCUUCAAAUUGGUCUUAAGCACAAGAAAAUUAACAUAUCCAAUCCCCGGGUAGCCUGGGAGCAUGAACAAUUCUCAAAGCUAAGAGUAACUGCAGCAACCCUUUCUGAACUUUCAUCUCCUCCUGAAUUGCUAGAAACCACUGGAGGUCUUGCUGAUAACAGACAUUCCGUAAGUGAAGCCUCAAUUAUUCAGGCUGUCAAGCUUGUUGCUGAAAGUUUAGCCAAGCACAUAUACAGCCAUGAGGGGAAAAGCAUCAAUAUAUUUGCAGAUGGGGGUAGCUUAGCUAUUAAUCCAUUUUACAUACGUUCUUGGAUUGAUCUGUUAUCAACAACACCUAGAGUGGCACCUUUCCUUUCAAAAAAUGAUGCACUUGUCCUGGCCUUACAAAAGGAAUUGGCGUGUCAUACAGCUGAUGCACACAUUCAGCACGAGGUGCUUGAUGGAAUGUUCACUUUCUACGAUUCAACAAGUAGCACAUUACAUAUAUAUCAGGUUGCCAGUGUGACCUUUGACUUGCUUUUGCUAUUAAUUCUAGGAUCGUAUUUGAUUACUCUUUUCAGUUUUCUAGUUAUCACAACCAAGGGGCUUGAUGAUCUCAUCAACCUUUUCCGCCGCCCCCAUUCUCGAAAAGUUAAAGCUGCUUAAUUGGUGAAACCACAGUUUUCAGUAGAAGGGGGGGGGGGGGGGGGGGGGGGUUCUAUUUAGCUUUUAAUUAGAUAAAAUUUGCUUCUGUAAGCUUUCCUGCUUAUAUUUUGUUUAGUCAAAAUGGCCUUUAGAAAGCUAUAAAAGUGUGCUAAAACGGUAAAGGCAUCGGAUCUAAUUUGGAAGGAUGGAGGGAAUUAGUUGGGUUUGAAAAAUUUUGUUUAUGUACUUUUUACUGUGUAGUGGUUUAGUUACCUGUCUGUUUAUUAUGACAUUAUGUUUUAACUGUACAUUCGCAAGGGCGUUGUAAUUUGUUUGUUUGUUUGGGGGAGUUGAUGACAAUUUGGAAAUGAAAAAAUGAGUAAUUUUAUUCAUGGAUAACUAACAGUUAAUUUUUGGGUUCCUCGAUGGCCCAAUUGCCCA